ACAAACACGCGUGGAAUGCCCUGUAGGAUGUGUUUGUUUACUGGGCCAACUUCAACCAAGUUGAGGUGUCUAGAUGUUCAUUCUCAAAAUUGAAGUGUUUACUUGCCGGUUGAGACAAAAUUAAGGUGUCUAUCUAUGUAUGUGUUAUGGCUACCCUUUUUUUUUUUUGGCCAAGAUAUGAUAAUUACUACUUGAUACUAGCUGAAUAUUACAGUUGUUGAGACUUUUUAAACAUAUAUAUGGCUGACUCAAAGUCUUCUAAGUCAUUAGAAGGAAAGACAAUUUGACAUAUUUAAAUUACAACUUGCAAUUUAGUUAGGUUCUAUGAAUCUUCACUAAAAAUCAACAUUGUCAAAGAUGACCAUCUAUUAUUGAUUACUGUGAUAUAAUUUGUACUACUAUGAGAAUGGCAAUCUAGCUAAGUUCUAGGAUACUUCACUAAAUUAACAAUUAUUAGUAUUUAGUAGUGAUACUUGUACUAGUUGUCAAAUUUAUCUAUCAUUUUGAGUGCUAACUUUCUGCAAAUCUCUUCAUUCACAAUUCUUGUAUAGAUAUCUGAAGGUUCUUAGCUAGAGAGAUGGCUGCUUAUGCUGCUGUAACAUCUCUGAUGGGAACUAUACAUCUUAUUUCACAAUCCAACUUACACCUAAAAGAGGGUCAUAAAGAACAUUUGAAAUUACUAUACGAGAAGGUUGGCUCUCUACUAGAGUAACUUGACAAUUCUGAUGAUGAACCAGUGAAGGAUUUGCAAAAAAAGUUCAAAGAUCUGGCACAUGAAGCAGAAGACAAAAUUGAAUCACAAGUAAGACUGAUCGUGGAGAAGGAUGAACAGAUCCCUGCAAUGGCCCAUUGGAGGCUUCUUAAGAUCUUACGACGAGCUAUACAUGACAUUGGUUUGGUCAAGGAAAAGCUCGUCAAGCAGAGGAAGAAUAACAAUUUGCAUGCUGGAAAUCGUUCACUUGGCAUUUCUAUUUCAGCGCGGUCGUAUGUUUCAACCCUUGAGAACGACAUGGUGGGGUACAACAUUGAACAAGAGCACAUGCAGGGUCAACUUACCGGACACUCAUCCGAAUUGGAAGUCAUUUCUAUUGCUGGGAUGGGUGGCAUAGGUAAGUCAACUUUUGCCAAAAGAAUGUUUUUUGAUCCCUCAAUUCUAAGCUUCUUUGAUGUUCGUGGACGGAUUACUGUGUCUAAGGACUAUAGUUUAAGAAAGAUGCUUCUAUGCCUCCUUCAAGAUACUAUUGGGGUGAAAGAAUAGCUUGAUAACUUAAGCGAUAUUGGAGAAUUAGCGGAUCACGUGCAAAAAAGUUUAAAGGGCAGCAGGUAUUUGAUUGUUGUGGAUGACAUAUGGAGCACAGAAGCUUGGGAUGAGAUUAGAAUGUGUUUUCCGGAAAAUAGUAACAGAAGUCGGAUAUUGUUGACUACUCGAGACAUGAAGGUUGCUCAAUAUGCUAGCUUCCCUAAGGAUCCUUUUCCAAUGCGUUUCCUGGAGCCAGAGGAAAGUUGGAAUUUAUUUUGCCAAAAGGCGUUUGGCAAAAUAGAUUGUCCAACUAAAUUUGAGAAUAUUACAAAGGUAAUUGUAGAAAAUUGCAAAGGAUUACCACUUAUGAUUUCUGUGGUUGCAGGGACACUAUCUAGCAAAAGGACACUGAGUCACUGGACAACAGUAGCUCACAGUGUGAGCUCAUUAGUAAACCUUGAUGAUUAUCAGCGUUGCUCAGGGCUUCUCGCUUUGAGCUACAGUCAACUUCUGUCACAUUUAAAAGCUUGCUUUUUGUAUUUUGGAGUUUUCCCAAAAGCUAGUGAGAUUUCUGUGAAAAAGUUGAUUAGACUAUGGGCUGCAGAAGGACUCUUAGAGCCAACGGGGCAUGAGGGGUUAGAAAAAGUGUCUGUUAAUCUUUUACAUGAUCUUAUUGAUAAAAGUCUAGUUGUUGUUAGUAAGCAAAGUUUGGAGGGAAAAAUCUAGACAUGUAGGAUUCACGAUCUUCUCCAUGAUUUGUGCUUGAAAGAAGCUGAAAGCGACAACCUUUUGUAUGUUGUAGAUCCCCCAAUUUCUAGAACAUCCAUAAGGGUUUGUCCUCAAGGUCGUCGGUGGGUGUCAGUUCAUUCAAUACCAUGCUAUUUUUUUUCCGUAAUUUCUUUUGAUGAUCAUUCAAAGCGAAGUUGUUUUCCUUCUAGUCUAUUUCAUGAUCUUACUUAUAGCAAAACACGUUCUCUUCAUUUUUUUUCCAGCGUAAUGGAGAGACAUCUUGAAUUAGGACUAGACCAUUUCAAACUUCUUAGAGUAUUGGACUUGGACACAUUGAGCUUCGGUUAUUUCCCUAGUGAAAUAUGACAGUUAGUUUCUUUAAGGUAUUUGGCUGUGAUCGUUUCCAGGAUUUCUACAGAUCUACCAAUUUCCAAUCUUUGGAAUUUACAAACUAUCAUUGUUCCUCAAGAUGAUCUAGAACGCAGUGGGACCAUGUAUUUACCAAAUGGAAUUUGGGAAAUGUCUCAAUUGAGGCACCUCCACUCUACAAGGAUGUAUUUGUAUUCUCCUUCAGAGGUAUCAGCUAAUGAAGUUAAGUACCGGGUUCUGGAAAAUUUGCAAAGUGUUUCAGGGUUGAGUCCUCGUUGUUGCACAAAAGAAAUAUUUGAAGGGAUUAAAAAGGUGAAAAAACUGGGGAUUUCUGGCACUGAACACGAAUUUGAUAGUGAGGAGGACAUGAAGAUCAUUAGCAUGUUGCCCAAACUCGAGGUGCUCAAGUUGAAGAGGGAUGCCUUUGCAAGUGGUACGGAUGUAAGACCAGAUGUCUGGGAAGUAACAGAGAUGGGAUUUCCUGAAUUGAAAUUCUUGCUCGUUGAGGAGUUGCGUCUUGAUUAUUGGAGAGCCACUGAUGAUUAUUUCCCAUCCCUUCAGUGCAUAAUUGUCAGAAAUUGCCGGUUUUUAAUAGAGAUUCCUCAAGGAUUUGCAGAUAGUAUGACACUGCAGCUAAUUGAGUUAUAUCAAUGUUCUCCGUCCCUUGUGAGUUCUGCUGAGCAGAUCCAAAAAGAGCAAUUAGAGAGUUUUGGAGACAACAUGCUUAACGUUUAUGCCUUUGACACAAUUAGAGAGUGAGAUUCUGAUGAAGAUUUUUGGAGAAGCAAGAGAGGAAGAAACAGAAAAGGAUUGAGCAAAUGCGUUUGUAUUUAAAAGAGAUCGCCAAGGAAUCUGAAAAGCUCAUUCAGUUAAACCAAGUGUUGUCUCUCCUGUCUAAUUUUUUUUCAGCAAAUCCAACAAGAAAAAGGGAUGACAACAGCACUUGUAUAACUUGUUCUUGUUUUUUGCUCUGCAUUUUUUCUUGUUCCCUUACUAUGUAUUUCCUUUUUGUACUGUUUUUGUUAGAUAGUUUGUAAUAUAUAUGAAGUAGGAUUGUCCCACAACAGAAGACAAAAAGAGUCUGAAAACUUUAUAUAUUAAAAGUCUUGGUAUUUUCAGAUUUUAUUUAAAAUUUGAAUUUAAAUGAACACGUCUGUUCAUGAAACAAGAUGACUAUUCAGAAUAGAUACUUUUAUAACUCUAUAAAUAAAGCCUUCCUAGCUAA